CGCACAAAGUGAGUGCAGAAGAAGAAAAAAAAAAUACAACAUUUUUAACAAAAGAAAAAAACACUUCACAUAAACAUGAAAAGAUUAAUUUGGACAUCUUUGAUAUUUUUAGUAUGCCUGCAGAGAGCUAUUAGCAUGGAACUAAAAAAAGAAGAUAGUGAGGGGCUUUUGCUUACAACUACAAAUUAUGAACAAGAUGGCACUAGAAAUGACUUUUUAUCACAGAGAGGCUUUGAGGAUGAAGAAGAUGACUCUGAAAAUGAAAGAGAAUUGUCAGUCCCUGGAGACUCAUUACAAAGUCUGGACAACAAUACAGUAAGAGUGCAACCUGUAGCUAAGCCCAAGGAAUCAGAAGGGCAGGGCAAGAGAAAAAAAAUGGGGAAAAGAAAUAACAGGCAAAAGAACAAGGACAAAAAUGACAAGAAAAAUAAAUUGGAAGCAAACCCAUGUACUACAACACAUAGUGAAUAUUGUAUUAAUGGAGUGUGUGUACAUUAUGGAAAUUUGAAUGAAACAACGUGCAUAUGUAACGGAGGAUAUAGUGGCGAGCGGUGUGGUGUUCAGCAGCUGUCGUCUGUAAGCAGAGAAGAUAGUAUAGAUGCCACCCAAUCUGUGCUUGUAGUAAUAGCUGUGGUGCUCUCUUUGAUAAGUCUUACUGCAGUACUCAUCAUUAUUUGUGUCCAUUGCAGAUCUCAGAAAAGAUUCACAGAACUUUACCAUGGGCGAAAUGAAGAAAAGGAAAAACUACAAGAAGAUAAAAGCAAUAGCCACAUUGUUGUCUAAACAGUAACAG